UCUUACCACUGCGCCACGGUGACUGCACUAAAGAAGGUUCGACAAUGGAUUUCUUAUAUUAAAAGUUAACCUAAACCAAUUCAAGGAAAACACACUUGACCACACAUACAUUAUCUAACAGAUAUGUAAAGUUUUACCAUUCAGAACUCGAGGUGGGUGUUAAACGUCUGUGUACGAUUGGACAGUCUUCCCUGCCAGACUGUCAACACCUCCAGCUGUUCCCCGUCAACACUGAGACUGUCAACACCUCCAGCUGUUCCCCAUCAACACUGAGCCUGUCAACUUCUCCAGCUGUUCCUCGUCAACACCUCCAGCUGUGCCUCGUCAACACUCCCAGCUGUGCCUCGUCAUCACAAACUGUCAACACUCAGCCAGUCAAUAUUAUCCUCACACCUGUCACAGCCGCUCCACCUAUGGAGUUUGAGGACGAGUUUUACCUGGAGGAAGAUAAACUGGUUCAUGUAGACACUGUAGCCUACUAGUGAGGACCCACCCAAAGCUUACUAAUGUGGUCAAGAAACCCUCCUGGACUGUAUGAGUAUUCCUUGGUGCCCUUGUGGGAUCCUGAAGAUUUUCCUAUACAAGAGGACAUGGAUACUUAUUGCUCCCUAUUAGAAGAUCGCAUGGGAAUGACCAUCACCUCUGGGAGUGUGAGCCUGGAGAAGAACGACAGCAACUUGAUUGGCAUUAGUAUUGGGGGCGGUGCCAAGUACUGCCCCUGCCUCUACGUGGUACAGGUGUUUGACAACACUGCAGCAUCGCGAGAAGGCACCCUUCAGAGCGGAGAUGAGAUCACAGGCGUUAAUGGGAUCAAUGUCAAGGGCAAGUCAAAGCAGGAGGUGGCUCACCUCAUCCAGAGGUCUACGGGCUCGGUCACCAUUCAGUACAACAAGCUUCACGCUGACCCAAAGCAAGGAAAGACCCUGGACAUUGCCAUGAAGAAAGUCAAGCAUCGAUUGGUUGAGAAUCUCUCUUCUUCAACAGCCGAUGCCCUAGGCUUGUCGCGUGCUAUUUUGUGCAACGACUCUUUGGUCAAGAAGUUGGAUGAUUUACAGAGGACUGAAGACAUGUAUCAGGCUCUCAUGGACCAUACUAAAAGACUCCUGAAAGCAUUCUUUGAUUUAGCUCUUGUUUAUAGAAAGUUUGGAGAUAUCUUUUGUGAAAUUGGUGUUCGUGAGCUUCAGCAGAGUGCCAAUGAAGCAUUUAACCAGUUUGGGGAAGCUCACCGCCAGAUGGAAAAGUAUGGUAUUCAGAUGUUGAAGAGACUCAAACCAAUCUUGAGUGACUUGGGAACAUACCUUCACAAAGCCAUUCCUGACACAAGACUGACCAUCAAACGAUAUGCUGAUACAAAGUUUGAGUACCUGAGCUACUGCUUGAAGGUAAAGGAGAUGGAUGACGAGGAGAUGCAGUUUGCCCAGUUGCAAGAGCCGCUCUAUAGAGUAGAGACUGGCAACUACGAGUACAGACUAAUCUUACGUUGUCGUCAAGAAGCUCGAGCGAAGUUUGCCAAACUGCGAUCAGAUGUUUUAGUGAAACUGGAACUGCUCGAUUCUAAACAUGUCCAGCAUUUGACAGAACAGUUGACACGACUGAUUGGAGGACUUGCAACCUAUCACUGCCAGUGUCAGGAAUUAAUGCAUGACAAGAAUUGGUUCCCCAUCGAGCUGGACAUGGUGGGAACUACUCUGCAUUCAGAUCACAGAAAUGAUGACUAUCAGACUGGAGAUUACGAGGAUGAUGAAGAAUUGCUUGACACUGAUGGAGCUGCAGAAGUAUCAGAAACAACUGAUUUGGUCCAGCCCAUGGAGGAUCUGACCCUUGACUGUGUUAAUGAUAAACCACAGCCAAAGGCAAAGGAAGGGAAUUUUGAAGAAGUUAACCUCCUUGGAGAUUUUUAAAAUUGUGUAGAUUUGCAAUGGAACUUGGAUGUAUCUGAAUAUUUUUUCUUCUGAAUUUUAAUUUUUUUAAUGGCCUUUUUGUAAAUCUUAUUUUAUACUUCAAUAUUUUUUGUUGAAAAAUCAUAUAUUUA